CAUGCGCCAUGAUGCCCAAAGGUGACCCAAAAGGCCAAAACUUCCCUUCUUUCCACGAGCUGCUACUCUUUUCCCUGCGUCGCCAACGCCUCUUUUCGCUUUCCCCUUUGGUUUGGCCCUGGCUAUGCAUCACUUUGAAUCAUUUCCCAUCUCCUCUCCUCUCCACUGCAGACUGCACUGACACCAGUAUUUAGGAGGAUCAUGUGGGCUAAUCCGCAUGAGAGUGGGGAGCCACUAUUUUGUGGUGCCCAACCAUGAUCCUGAGAUUAUUUUUUCUGCAGUAAACCAACCUUGCAGCCUUCAGUUCCCAUCAACUGCUGAAGGCUUAUCAUCCAUCUCUGCUUCGCUUAUUUCUAUGCACGAGCCGUGGCAGCCUUUCCCGGGGAACUCUUUUUGUUCCUCCAAAAUUUUCCUCGAGCUUUCUCCUAGGGUCACAUUGCCACCACUCAAUCCGCUGAGAUCUCGCUUUUGAUUCAGUGGCUGCAUACUUGUAGGUUCUCCCGUUCCUUUUCAUUCCUUUAAGUAGAGGCAGCCGGAGUAGCUCUUUUUCUUGCAGGUUCUCCCGUUCCUGGAAUUCCGCAAUCCACGCUGAGCUUUCAUAAUCCCAUUAGCUGAGGCGAAGCAGGCUUCAGUUCAGAGUGGACUGCCGGCCGGUGCUAAAGCCUGAAGUUGCAGGGAGCCAGCAGGGACUGCCUUGAUUUCAGACGACCAAGAAUUGAAGAAGGCGCGAGCCAUGAGCGAUUUUGGGCGCAAGUCGAGACCAUGGCCAGCAGGGGAGCCCGCGCUGACGCCGUCCGAGCCGGCCGCCGCCGCGGACGCCGAGGCGACGACGCUCAGGAACUUCGGCACGUCCAUGGACGCCAUCUCCUUCGGCUUCGCGGCCACGGCCAUCCUCAUCUCCAUCUUCCUUCUUAUGGCGAUCUUCGAGCACCUCAUCAAGCCCCACGCCUUCCCGACGCCGGACGAACCCCACCCCUCCCGCCGUCGCCGGAGCAGUAGUAGUAACCGCUCGCCCGGAAAACUCCGGAGCCCGCCCAUGGUGGAGGCAAUGCUGCAGGCGGCGGACUUGUCGGUGCUGAUGCCGGGGCAGCGGUACCCGACGUACCUGGCGCAGCCGAAGCCGCUGCCGCUGCCGCUGCCGCCGGCGUGCCCCAGGGAAGGGGUGCACUGGCCGCCGCACAACGACGGGAGCCGCCCCUAGCCCCUAGGGUCCUUCCAGAUCAUCAAAUGCCGCUGAAAAUUUCAGCGGAGGAAACAUUGUAAAUGCAAAUGCGAGAGAAUUGAGAUGAGAUAUUCGGUUGGGCCUGGUUGCCCGUGCCGGUCUUGAUCGUUCGUCCGCGUCCGCAUGGGCCUUCUCAGGGCCGGGCUAGCGAGCUCGUGCACUACGGCUGGGCCUCAAAUGACGGCCCAACUGACGAUUGGUGAUCCAUCGUUGCCUGUCGUAGAAAAAAUGUACUGCAUGUACAUUCUGCUAAAAAAAAAGAAUGUACUGCAUGUACUCCGUAUACGCAUGUUAAUGCUCUUGCGGUUGGCGAUGGCACCACGAAA